GCUCCCGAGUGCUCCCCAGCUGGACAUCGCAUCCUCCGCAGCCCAUAUCGCAGCACCAGGUUCGACUCGCUGGAGCUGCAGCAAACGUCUGCUCAGGACCUGGUGUGUGACCACUCAUUGCCACCAGCAUGGUACCGGUUCAUGAUCAACAACACGCCUGCAGAAAUGCCAACAAGAUGCAUUGAAAUGAACAAGUGUGGGACACAAGCUCCGGUGUGGCUGUCGCUGAGGUCUGAAUCCCUGCCUGCUCCAGGUGAAAGCAAGCACCUGAUGGCCUGUGCUACCUGGCAGAUCUUUGGAGGCACCAAGGACUGCUGCUUGUUCCGGAUACCCAUCACUGUCAGGAACUGCAUCAAGUUCUUUGUUUAUCUCUUGCAGCCGACUCAAGGAUGCAUGGGCUACUGUGCAGAAGAAAAACUUCCAAGCCUGACUUUACAGCCAGUGAUAACUUCUGAGCUCGUGAGAGGUCGUGCCCACCUGAAAUGCGCCUAUAGCUCACCCAGCUGGGGGCUGAGCUACACGGUGCUCUGGUCACGUCUGGUCACCCCGGGCAAACAGGAGCAGAUCCAUCAGGACACCACCCUGCAGACGUGUUCCUACCUGGAGAUAAGCAGCAGACAUCUCCAGCUGGGAGACACAGUAAUGCAGCAACGCGUGGUCCGGCACUCUGCGGGGUCAAAUCCCAUCUGAAAGCUCCGCUGGGUGUAUUCUAGGGCUGCUCCUCACUCCUUACAUUUACAUCUAAAGUGAAAAAAAAUAUCAAAAUGAAAACUUGAUUUCAAACAGGCUUAUAUAAUUUUUACCGGAUUUAGGACACAUAAUAUUUCUUCGGACUGCAUGGUGUUUGUUGAAGCCGUCCAUUUUACUGUUUUCUAAUGGUAACAUUACACAUCCAUGACAGCCUGAACACCAUAAAAGUGGUACAAGUAAUAGAAACACAUGCCUGAGACAGUUCUAUCUUAGUGUUGUUGUACUGUGCAGCAGCAAGAAUCUGCACUAGACACAGACGCAGUUAUAUGCACUCAGUAAUUUUUAUACUCAUGGACCAGAGACACAAUAGCAUCAUUUCACAGAACAGAAAGACAGGACAUUUUAAAAUAGAGUGAGGUUUAUUUUUAUGGUCUUUUUCAUGGUGUUCUGCCUCUCUGAUUCCAAAUUUGUGGUUCAAUAGUAUGCUGAGAGAGAAUUCAUUACAAAACAAUCUUUAAGAAGUUAUUUGAUGGCUUACAUGGCAACACAGAUCUAGCGUCAACAACAACAACAAAGCUGAAGCCAAUACAAGAUGUGGAAAAAAUUGACUUGUGUAUGAAUUCACGGCCUUUCACGGUACUAAAAAAGACUUUAAAAGUUAAAUUAGGUUCAUAACUUUUACAGGCAGAGAGCCAUUAGUGAUGCUACAAUGAACUGAAAGAAUAAACAGGGAUAAUGGCCUUGUGUUAAAAGUAGGUUGGAAAUAGUCUUGACAUUUCACAGCUCCUCUUUAAGAUAGUUAACGAAUAAGCUUUUUGCAGUUCUUGAAGAGAUGAAUCAUUUAUAACCAUGGCACAAUCUAGAUAGGUUUUUCUCUUAUUCGUCCUCAUAAUUAUGCCUCCUGAGUUCGGAAUCUGACGGAUGCAGCCCUCACUUAUACUACAACACAAUGCAGAAAAUUAUGCCAGUUUUCAAGACAAGUUUGUGUUACAAAGAGAUAUUUUCAUCAAAGCAAUUUCAUGUGUAAUCACUUCAAAUCUAGAUUUAACAAUCCUGAGGGAUUCAGAGAAAAUAUAGUUCUACUAACUAGUUUCAUCACCAAAUCCUUAUAAGACCAUUUUUAUUAUAUUAAAUUUUCGGUAAGCCCUUCUUGUCCUCUCCUGAAAGCCACAUGUUUAAUUUAGCUGGUCUGGUGACGUUAAAAUGUUCUUUGCCUUGCUAGAAUUUUUAUCUAGUUAUUCUUUCUAAACAAACUUUGCAGCCUUUUUGAUUAAUUACACUUAGCCAUAAAUCAUCGUUGAAAGCCAAACAACAAAGCCCCAGCUGAAGCUGGGAAUUCAGUUUUAGAUAGUAGAGAUUUUAGAAAGGUACAUAUUUGCCAUCUCACCCAGGGUUUCUGAUAACAGUCAUAAAGGGCUGGAUGCCCCUUUCAUUCCAGAGGUGUAAACCUGAAGUAUCUCCAUAAGCACUGAUAGGGCUACCAUGAGGGAAUGGUAAUGCCACCCAUAGGGAGAUGCAGACCUCGAAAACUAAACUUUGCUGCACAGAUGUGGUUUGGGCCCAGGAUGUUGCAAACAAGAUAUAAGUGGAAGGUAUUUUUUCCUUUUUUUUUUAUUUUUUAAAUUACUUUUACAAUGAUUUAUAUUCAAGCUAUAGUUUAUCUAUCAGAAAGUCCCCAGGUAAUGGGUUAAUCAUAUAUAAUCAAUAUAUUUUAACACUCAGUCAAACCUCAGAGAAGAGUAGAGAUUUACCAGCCAACAUUUCUGAAUUUGCAUUGACUAAACAGCCACUUAUUUUUUAAUAGCUGUCAGGUGUGCAUUUCUCCUCCAUCUUUUGGCUCCAGUUUUGUUAUUUCAGACAGUAAUGUUGGCAGUAUAACAUUCAUGAAACUAUUGCUGUUUUAAAUAAAUCUAUAACACGCCGCUGUUUCUAUUCGAGCACUGAAAAAAGCCUACUUCAUGUGAUACAAAAAUCCUGGCAUUCUGAAGCCUUAUUUAUGCGAUGGUGAGAGAGGUCAUUUAAUUCCUUGAGGCACAGCCAUCUAUAAAUUAUAGCGGCACACUGUGAGUAAUGAGUUAUGCUAAGAAAGGUGUUUAGAAGAAAACUGUGCAGUUUUGCUCAGUGCAGCAAUCUCGAAGUUCAUACAAUGAGGAGCAAUUGUCACUACACAUAAACUAUCAUAUAGUCAUUAAGGUUGGAAAGACCUCUAAGAUCAUCUACUCCAACUACUGACCCAUCUCCAAAAUGCCUACUAAUCAUGCCACUCAGUGACACAUCAACAGGUUUCUUGAAAACCUUCAAAGAUGGCAAUAAACUAAAAAAGCUUUUUUACUUAAAUAUUUACUUAAACAGACUGGGCAUUUUGUAGGACACUGCAAUACAUCAAAAACGUGCAACACAUCAAAAAUCCAGCAAAAGACCAUAAAUGAGUACCUUGAUAUACAACAGAGUUAAUUUUCACACUUGACAAAAAAAGGAGUGAAUUUUCCCAGCGCUUAAAUAUGAAACCAAUCCCAGUCAUUGGACUUAGCACAGCAACAGAGACAGGAAAAAUUACCUUUAUGUAGGUUACACCUCCUCUUAAAAUUUGCUUCUGAAACUUCAGGCAGAGAGUGAAGAGCAUUUCCACAGAAGCAGAGCUCCAGGUGAGCUUGGAAUGAGGGUAAAGCAGUAACAAGCAGAGCUUCUGAGGAGCUACCUCACUGCUCCCCUGGAAUACUUACCUUCAGCUCUGCUCCUCCUUUCUCCUCUUACAGGCUCUGAAGCACAGCUGCUCCCUAUAGAACCACUCUUCCAGCCCUGGCCCAUUGGCAUUAAAUUGAGCAGAAUAGGACAUUUGGAGGCCUUUCAAGCCAUCACCAGAUACGCUUUCACCUGUCAAGAUCAAUUCCCUGCCAAUCCUUCUCUUUCAAGCCCCCAGUGUGCAUGAGAGGCUCUACCUUGCAGCCCCUUGCCUGCCUUUUGACAUGGGCUGUGCAGCUCCAGUUCUGGAGUUAAUAGAGAAAAUUUACUCAGUCUUCUGUACCGUACUGAUAGCACACAGACGUCCCUGUCCAGUCAAUGGGCAGAGGUAUCCCAAGUGCUCACCACUCAUGUUGAGAAGAGAGCUCUCUACAGAUGGCCAAUGUUAAUUACUGACCUGAGCAGCAUCAGGUCCCCCGCCUCUCACAAGACUGGCUGUCUGGGUCAGAAAUGUGCUUCCAUCCACUCCUAGUACUCCAACCUGGCAGCUCUCCUCAUUUUGGAGACAAGUGUCACUGCCCUGGGAAGAUGCUCUCACUACACGCUCAAGCUCCCAUAGAUGAUUCCUGCAAUGCAUUCAAAACUAAUUAGAGAUGUGGAAAAGAGUGAAACGUAAGGGUCUUUUUCUGUUUGAAAUGAGUAGAAAGAACAAAUUUGGGCAAAAUUUACACUCAAGAAGCUUUGAAGAAAGUAUGAUGAUGUGCAAGUUGUUAAGGAGAAAUUUGCUAAAGAUGAUGACAGCUUCCAGAAUUAAAAUACUCUCCCAAAUCAUUUCCCAGAGCUACCCGACCUCCACCAAAUCAAUGGCUGAACUCUGUUUCUCAGCGAGUAUGCAGCUCACAGGAUUCACUAUGAAGUGGAAAGAAACCUGAGUCCACUUAAAGGCAUAAGCCUGCUCCAAAGCAUGGGAAAUAAGACAUUUCUUAUCUACUAAGGCAUAUUUCUAGCAGGAAUUUGUGCCUAUAAGUAGUUUUCUGCCCUAUAGGAAGAUAUACAGAGAAGGAACAGCCUACAGCUGGCAGGGAUCAAGUUAUCAAAGGCACCCUUAAACUCUGUCCCUUUAAAGGGGAUGCUGAAAAACAAUAUUAUUUGAUUUUUUUUUUUAACAGAUCUGAUGAGUUUGUGGAAAGCUACUGCCUAACAUGUCAUGGCCAUCAGCAUGUGGCUGUCAGUGCUGCUUUUAUCUCUUUACUUUAAAAAAGCAGCAUUCGUAGAUGGAGAAGGGAAAGA